AUGGAGGACAGGAAGAGGCCCGCCUCGAGCGCGGUUGAUGACGGCGCGCCGCCGAGCAAGCGCCAGGCCAUCAACGGCAGCAGCAAGGACAAGAGCGAUGUCGAGAUGAGAGAGGAAGCCUGGAUUGAGGAGUAUCAAAAAGGCGCCAUUUAUCGGCAAAUGCUCGAGUACAAGCGGCAAGCUAUGAGCUUGGAAAACCGCGUCCAGGAACUCGAGAAAAAGUCAACAGACCACGAUGACCACAUUCGCAUCAUGGACGCAUGGGUGCUCCAGUUGCUACAAGAAAUAGAUCUUUUGGUCACGAGCACGAUAUCCUCUACCAGCUCCCAGGAUUUACAUCCGGGCUCGGCUCUCGCUUUCAGUGACAGCAAGGAUUUUCAGCGGCACUUGGGCGAGAAGGCAAAGACUCUUACUUCUAAGACGGAUGCGAUACUCAAGAGGCUAGCCAGUGCACGUGGCGAAGUUAAACCCGAAGUAGCAGAGCUGGAAUCUCAGGUUAAGACCUUACUUGCGCAGCAAAAAGAUUUGAUUGUCAAGGUCGAUCGUCUCGAGACCCAGAAUGCGUCGCUUUCAGAGCAGUACGACAAGGCAACCCUCAAGGCAAUAAAGGCCGAACGCAAGCUCGACCGUUUACGGAGCGCCCAGGUGCAAAAACUAGAGCAGCAAGCUAUUGCUAGCUCUACCCGCUCAGCUCCUAAAGACGAAAAUGGCUCUGGUUCUGGAAACUCGGACGGCAACAACGAAGAGUUGAAGCGAAAGUGUCACGAGGCAGAGGCCGUCGUAACUAAGCUGAAGCAGCAACUGGAGGCUGCACUCUCAGAAAAUAAGGCGCUUAUGGACGAGAAUUCUAGUCUAAAGAUCAAGAAGGAGGUGGUGACCGACGAGGAAUAUGUGCGGACUGAUGCCUUCAAACAAUUCAAAGCCCAGAAUGAAGACCUGAUUAAGCGAGUUAAUCACCUCGAAGCCACUAACAGGCAACUCCGGGAGGAAGCUGAGAAGCUGAGAGCGGAGAGGACGGAGUGGAAGAUGAAGGUCGAGGCCGAAGCACAGGCUGUCACGGCGGAGUUGGAGAAGGAACUCCAUCAGAAAGACCAAGACCUUGCUCGCAUCCGCAGCGUGCGGGAUGAACUUAAUGCCGAGGUCAUGAUGCGCAAAGCGGCUCAGGAACAAGAGAGGGUAUCAAUUACGCAGCUCAAGGAAUUGGUUGACGCUCAGAGCGCUCGAAUCGAGGAACUAGAGUCGGAACUUGGCCGGCUACGAUCCAACGAAGCAUCGAGCGUAACUCCUGAUAUCGAAGCGAUACCAAUCGACGAACUGCGUCAGAAGUAUGCCAAGCUGGAGAAGGACUUCGAAGCAAUCAACAAGGAGUUGCCCCUGCUGGAGAAGUCCUACAAGGCGACGAUGAGCCUAGCGCACAAGAAGGUUAUGGACCAUAUCAAUAUCGAAGAGACGGUCGCCAAACUCCAGGCCGAGAAGAACAAAGCCGAUCAGAAAUACUUCGCUGCGCGCAGAGAUAUGGACGCCCGGUCACACGAGAUUCGGAUGCUUCGGGCGCAGAACGGCAAGAGCUCUGAGAUCAUAUCUCAGCUCAAGGAGGUGGAAACGCACAACCGCAACCUGAUUAGCAGUCUGGAGAAGCAGAUUGUGUCUCUCAAGCAAGACAUCUCCAACACCAUGGCGGAGCGGAAGAGGCUGGAGCAGCUCAGCAACGACGCUACCAGGAAGGCAGACGCGUGCAAGUCUCAGAUCCAGAGCCUCACGGAACUUGUCAAGGCCAAAGAUGCGGCCGUGGUCAGCAUGAAAGAGCAGUUGCUGAAGGCCGAAACCGAGUUGGAGAGGCUCAAGGUGGACGUCAAGGAGCUCACCAAGGACUGCCACAAGUGGAAGCAAAAGGCGCAGAACAACAUGUCCGAGGAAGAAGAGGCGCUCAGGAACUUGGUGAUCUGCUCCGUCUGCCGAAGCAACUUCAAGAACACCUACUUGAGAGGCUGCGGCCACGUCUUCUGCAACCAAUGUGUGGAAGACCGGAUUACCAACCGUAUGAGAAAAUGCCCGAGCUGCAAUAAAGCCUUCGACCGUUCUGAUGCCAUGCCGGCCCAUCUCUAG